AUGAAAAAAUUCCAACAGAACGUCUCUAGAGAAUUGCGCAGAGCGUACCCUGACCGCAGGCGUCUGGAAUGUCAGUGUUUGAGUGCUAUCAGCUUCGUCAAGAACGAACAGGACAUGUUGGACAGCCCUAUAUGGGUGUUGAUCAUAAACGUCGUAGCCAUGGAUAUGCUCAAGUCAAAAUUACCACCAAUGAAACGCACCACGGUGGACAUCAAGAAUCGGCCCAGGAUCCCGAUUCCGGACGAGGACCCGUACAGCAUAGCUGGAGCAAACAUGGUAGCCGCCACUCGGGAACAGCUGAUGAUGCAGACUGCGGCGCGCCGGGGUGACAAGCCACCCAAGCUGCCACCCAGGGACCCGUCGAACCCAUACCCGCACGAAAUACCCAAGCCCGACUACGACGACAUCGAAGAAGAAGAAAACAGAUUGGUCGGCUCCAUGAAGCAGUUCACCUCGUCGAGGGGAAAAGACAAAGUCAAGGACAACAAUAAAAAAUACGACGACCCGUACUAUUGCGGACUGAGAGCCAGAGUGCCAAAUUUCGUCAAGACUUCCAACGGAAAGACCAAGGAGUUCAUCAAAGAUGUGCCCGUCGGCCCAAAGAUGAGCACCGCCGUGCCGCCAUCCCGCUACCAACAGAAUCCGAUGGCCCUGUCCAACGGUCACCUGGCCACCGCCGCCGCCGUACACUAUCAUCAUCACACGCAGCCCGCCAUGUGGCACACGCGCAGCUUCGACAGCGGAAUGGACGCCGAAGUAUUCGACUCACCAUACAACCACAUAUACGGACGGCUGCCCAUACCCACCAGAGGUUACAUACCGACGGGACACAGGACUCCGAUGUACGUCGGCGAAUGGGACUAA